AGAACCUCUGUCACCAAAGACCCUCUCUCAAUAGAGAAUGACUACAACUCCCAAAAUUCAACGGGCUUCUCAGACAGAAAGACUAGUCUGAGGAUGCGUAGUAAAGAUAGCUGGCCCGGAAGUCGGAAGUGCAAAGGAGGCAACCAGCCGGAGAAGUUGCUAGCGCGGGUUCCCGCUUUAGUGGGCCGACUUGUGCCGUGUUAGGCGCGUGAUUUCCUCUCUCCUGCUCAGAACCGAAUCCUAGACGGGGACGACAUGCCAACUGCCAAGCAGCUGGCCGACAUUGGCUAUAAGACCUUCUCCACCUCCAUGAUGCUACUCACUGUGUAUGGGGGCUACCUCUGCAGUGUCCGAGCCUACCACUAUUUUCAACGGCGCAGCUCCCAGCGUCAGGCUGCAGAAGAACAGAAGACCUCAGGAGUCCUGUAGAAAUGAGGGAUCUUUUACCUGAGCAGAGAAGCCUGAGGCAUGCUUUGGAAAGACCUCGCCUGCAACCAUUUCCAAGUCAAGAAUACUAGGGCCUUGAUGGUUUUCAAACCCUGUCAGAAGAAAGCGUCCAUGUUUUCUCUGGUACUGCCAGUUUGAGGAGGCUUUCGAAUCAUAGCAGGAAUGUGAAAAUGAGGCACACUUACAGAUAUUAAAUAUUUUGCCAUGUC